AUGAAGAUUAUUUCUUGGAAUGUUAGAGGGCUGGGAGGCCCUAAGAAGAGGAAGGAAGUGCGUAAGAUGGUGGGGGAGUUGAAACCCUUCAUUCUGUGUAUUCAAGAAACUAAGUUGCAAAUUUGUGAUACUUUUCUUAGCUCGACUCUCUGGGGUAAUUCCUCGCAUUGUUUUUCUUAUCGUCCAUCGGUUGGGGCAUCUGGAGGGCUUCUAACUGUGUGGGAUUCUUCGGAGGUGGAGGUGUGGUCGACCGAGAGCCGAGAGCAUGUGUUGUGGUGUCAUGGGCGGUUCUCAAAGACAGGGGAAGAAUUUUAUGUGGCAAAUGUCUAUGCGCCCUGUGAAGAUGGGGCUAAGCAAGAGUUGUGGGAUCUUCUUUCGGUGCGGCUUCACUUGCUGGCAGGGAAGAAGGUGUGUGUGUGCAGGGAUUUUAAUGCGGUCAAACACAUUGAUGAAAGACGUUCGGUUAGGGAUGGGCGUCGAUCCUCGGAUCAUAUUCCUUUUAAUCGGUUCAUUGAAGAUAACACGUUGAUUGAUCUUCCCUUAAUCGGUCGUAAAUUUACUUGGUUUAAAGGGGAUGGUCGUUCGAUGAGCCGUCUUGAUAGGUUUAUUCUCUCAGAGGAGUGGUGUUUAAAUUGGCCAAACUGUAAGCAAAUGGCCAAACUAAGGGGGUUGUCUGAUCAUUGUCCUCUGGUCUUUUCUGCGGAUGAGGAAGAUUGGGGGCCAAGACCAUCGCGGAUGCUUAAGUGUUGGAAAGAUAUACCUGGGUAUAACUUGUUUGUCAGAGAUAAGUGGAAUUCGUUCCACGUCGAUGGUUGGGGUGGUUAUAUUUUAAAGGAAAAACUUAAGAUGAUUAAGGUGGCUUUAAAAGAAUGGCAUAAGUCUCAUACUCAGAAUCUUCCUAGUCAUAUAGAUAAUUUGAAGAACAGGCUGGCAACUCUUGAUGAGAAGGGGGAGGAAGAUGAUAUCUCUGAGGAGGAUCUCGUUGAGCUUCAUGGGGUUUCGCAUGACAUUCACUCGCUUUCUAGGUUGCAUGCUAGCAUUAGCUGGCAACAAUCUCGCUCGUUGUGGCUCAAGGAAGGCGAUGCAAAUUCUAAGUAUUUUCACUCAGUUUUGGCGAGUCGUCGUCGAAGGAACGCUUUGUCCGUCAUUCAGGUUGAUGGGGUUACGUUGGAGGGUGUUAAUCCUAUUAGGCAGGCGGUGUUCUCGCAUUUUGAGUCUCAUUUUCAGGCUCCUAAUGUGGAUAGACCUGGGGUUGACGACCUUCAGUUCAAGAGGUUAAAUCCGAUGGAGAUUGGAGGUUUAACCAAACCUUUUUCGGAGAAUGAAGUGAAGCUAGCUGUGUGGGAUUGCGAUAGUUAUAAAAGCCCAGGCCCUGAUGGAAUUAAUUUUGGCUUUAUUAAAGAUUUUUAG